GGGGGAAAGGGUAUGAUUGUUGCAGCUUUCGCUCUUAGUCUCGCUGGGAUCCAAAGUGUUUGUUUCAAGUUGUUGCACCAGGAGAAUUAUAGAUUAAAAUGCCACAUCCUGUGACUCUUUACGGACCGUCACCUUGGGGCUUUAGAUUAGUAGGAGGCAAGGACUAUAGCCAGCCCUUAACAAUUUCGCGGGUUACUCCUGGCAGCAAGGCAUCCUCAGCAAAUCUGUGCCCUGGUGAUAUCAUUGUAGCUAUCAAUGAAGACAGUACAGAGAAUAUGAACCAUCUGGAUGCACAAAACAAGAUCAAGGCCUGUACUGACCAGCUCACACUUUCCAUUAACAGAAAUGAAAACAAACCCUGGUCCCCAAACGGUUUUGAAGAUGGAAACACUCAAACUUUCAAAAGCAAUUUCCAGGCACAGCCACAGGACUGCAGACCCACUGGGAGUCCAAAUAACAGAAAGCCUAUGCCAUUUGCAGUUGGUGCAAAUACAAAUGAGACCAGACAGUUUGCAAGUACACAGUACAACACUCCUGCUGCAUUGUAUGCCAAUGACAGCAUAGACCACACUUUGCAGGAACAGUUAAGUGGCCUUCAUGUUGCCUCUCCACAGCACACUGAAUCAUCAAAGUUGUCGCCAAAGUUGUGGAAUGAGGUUGACACUGAAUCAGAUGUUUAUAAGAUGCUUCGGGAUGGUGAAGAACCGCCAUCAGAACCCAAGCAGUCGGGAUCUUUCAAAAUGCUGCAGGGAAUGCUGGAAGCUGAACAGACAGGUGACAAAAGUGAAAGGCCAGCUGCCGUCAAAAGUAUGAAAUCCCCCGUAUCAAAAUUCAGCAAUGCUCCACCCACAAUACAGAAGUUGCCACAGUGUACUAGAUGUGAGACUGGCAUAGUUGGUGCUGUUAUUAAGGCACGAGAGAAGCUAUAUCAUCCAGCAUGCUUCAUGUGUUCUGACUGUGGAUUAAAUCUAAAGCAAAAAGGAUACUUCUUCAUUGAAGAGCAACUAUAUUGUGAGACCCAUGCAAAAGCAAGAGUGCAGCCUCCAGAAGGUUAUGAAGUUGUGGCUGUGUAUCCCAACUCCAGGGUGUAAGCAAGUGCUUUGUGGAUCUCCUUGUAUUUAAAAAAAAUACUUUCUUUUUGCUCUAAUAUCUGAAUUCUGACUCUUGUGUGCCAUAAUUUAAAUCUGUUAGUAUUGAAAGAAUGGGUAGAAUCAAAAUGAUCAUACAUCCAGAAAUGAUAAAUUUGUCAAAAUGCUUACCAAGCAUUUUGACAGAUGCUUACCAAGCAUUUUCAAACAAUUGUGUUAAAUUAACUUGCAGUUGACUGCAUCAGAUUUAUUUUUUGUAUUUUUUUUACCUCUGCCUGCUUUUCUGUAAAUGUUUAUUUCUGCUGUAUUUGGAUAUCCAUCACUUGUGUUUAAUCACAGACUGGGAACUAAUGGAGGAUAUUUUAUAGUGAAGGAAUCUCAGCUGAACUCCUCUCUUUCCAUUGGUGGUAGGAGAGGUAUGGUGAAGGUGGUCAUAUGACAAUCACUUGCAAGGUCUGCUGUAUUUUCCUUAAACUGGAACACUUCAUUUGCAGCAUUCCAAAACUAGCAUUGUUUAUCAGCAAAACUCACAUGGACUAAUAUGUGCACUCUGGUCUCUGAGUGUGGCAGGUUCAAAUUGUUCAUAUUUUUUUCACUUAAGACUGCUUUUGUGAAAUUUCAGUGAGAAAUUUAGGUCAAGUUUUCUUUCAUUUUAAGAACUAUAAAACAGGUCACAUUUAUGGCACAGAAGCUGCUUAAAGUUAUUACUUCCAUUUCUUUCAGAAUUUUAACCAAAUAAGUGUCUCUCUGCUCACCUUUAAUAGCACAGUAACUUAAACAGAAAAAUUCUACUCAAAUGUGAAACCAAUAUAUAUAAGAAAAUCUUUCUAAUUGCACUUCCAGAUCAUGUAGGUUAACUAGAAGUGGAUACAAAAAAUUAAUGCUGCUUAAAAAUGACGAUGACCAGCUUUUCUUUGCAGGGGAUGGUAUGUUUGCCAUGUCAGAUUAUUAGUAGUUGUUAUUUCAGACGAAAAGCUAAUGUGUGCUGCUUUGUUUCAGUACUGCCUUCCUUAAGGAACUAAUCACAUUGAUGGUUUCCAGAUAACAGUAUAUUCCUGCUCUGUUAAGAAUUUCAUCUUGUGUAAUAAUACUGUUUUCUAUAUGCUUUAGACUUGAUUGUGAUUGUUAGUCUUGCCAUUAGUUUUAUUAAAAUGUGUAUUUUGCAACAUUAAUAUACCUACUGCUUUCAACCAAGCUGUUAGUUCAGGUUGGUAUUGCGUUGUAUAUGAAUAAUCAAAAGGCAGCUCUAAACUAGUAUUAUGUGCUGAAACAUCUGGCUUGUGUGUUCCAUUUUGUUUUGUGUAAAAUUAGUCAGAGAAUAGGACCUAAUGUGAGUUUGCCAUUUUGCUACUUGAGGUAACCCAGAGCAUGAAUAUUGUAAAUAAUGUGAGUAACUAUUCCACCAAUGGAACAGGAAUAUGAAAUGCUAGGAGCAUUACUGGGAAAUACUGCAACUGGUUCCUUACUGAAAAAUAUGUUCUUAAUUGUUUAAUUUUGGGCCUCAUUAUUUACACCUGCUCACUCUGAAUGGCUGCCUCAUUUCUUGCACAUGUUGAAGAGCAAUAAAGGUUUCUAACUGGUUGCUUGAAUUCAAGGCUGGAAGUACUUUUCAUUCAGAACAGGUGUUGAAGGUGGCUGUGAGACAAGUCAAACUUGAUGGGUCACAGUGGGGAACCUGGGUAAGUGGUUUUGGAUGCAGUUUUGAAAUGUUUUUGGUUGUUUUGGAAGCAUUUUAUGGCAAUUUCAUUUGGGGAUGAAUGGGUGCAAUGUGGUGGUAAGUAGAGGUGGAUCAGACAAUAAAGAUACCUUUGUUUGAAGAAAUGCAACCUAUUUAUUGCUUCCAUAGGCACUGAAAAUAGAUUUUUUUUUUGAAAUUUUAUUGCAGUGUGGCACAAGAUGACCCUCCAAGAUUAAUGUCCUUUCUUUGGUUAUGGGGUGGAAGGGAGAGGAGAGGGAUAAAUAGGGCUGAAGGGCUACAUUCACAUCUGUCUCUAUUCCUCCACUUGCUGCUCCUUAUGUCCUGGACUUCACUUGGUUUCCCUCCUGGAAAGAUUAAUAGUCAAGCUCUAAGCGGCUGCUUUGUGAGCAAUGAUUGACGUUGUUAUGAGUUGGAACUGAGAUGGUCCUGACUCUUACUGGCUUUGGGAAAAGGAAUGGAACAUAUUCUGGUUGAUAUUCAAAUAUAGUUUAUGCAUUAUAUUGCCUGGUAUUUUGCUUGAAUGUACACUGCAGUGGAAGGUAAGUGAGUGAGAUAAUGGAGAUGUAUGGUAUUGGUCUUGAGCUCGGUGGAGGUUUGUGACUUUUCUGAUAAUGUACAACCUGAUUUGUACACCUACUUUUGCUUUUGUGCGUCAUUUUGUCCUGCAACAGUUAAAUAACAAGUAUGAGGAGAAAGUGAUUCCCUUAAUGGGUAUGAACACUUUUAUACAUAAUAAAAUCAAGACACCAUUGUAAGAUUUUUUGGAUGAGAGCAUUUUAGGGUAAAUGCAUGUCCAAGUACUGCAAAUCGUGCCCUAACCAUGGAUGGUGGGCAUUCAGACGAGUCAUAUUAGGUGAAAGGAAAAUGUUAUGUUGUAUUACUUUUCCCAUUUUCUCAGUACAAUGUUAUGGUGUGUAGGCUGCCUUGUUUAUGUAGUCCAUUCUUCUGUGUAGAGUAAACAAUUUUGAGAUGGGCUCUUGUAGUUUGUACCAAUCAUGGUAAUGUAGCAUCAAUGUGAUUAAUCAUCUACCACCCUUCCCUUAGCAGCACCCUUUUAUAGCUGUAUUAUUAUAAGUUUCAUGGAUACAACAUUGGAUCAACAAGCAAUAGAGUGAAAGCCACAGGAAUUACCUCUGUCUAACUCUGCUAAAUUGGUUAGUUCACAAUUCCUAACAUCCAAUGUACCAUUCAUUAGACAUCUCUCAAGGACAGGAUUCUACCAUGUUGAUGCAAGUUUUCUCUUGUGGGUGGACCAAAAUUAGUGUAGGUUUUGUUCUGCACAUUUUUCUUCCCCCACCACCCAUGUGUGGAACUGAAUUUAAAAAUAAUUUGAUAUUCUAAUGAAACAAUAUUACAUUGUGUUUAUAAAGAAUCUUGUUGUGUAUACAUAUCAAACAGAGCAACAGAUUCUUGUAUAUAGAAUCAAGUUGUAUAUUGUCUCCAGUAUUUUUGUUUCUUUUGCCACGCUAAAUGAAUGCUGUCAAUGUGUUGGAAUUAUGAAUUUCUGAUAACUUAUCAAGGCAUUACACAUCAGCUUGAAAUCCAUUUAAAACCCUUGGCUGGAUAAUCAAUUUCUAAAGCAUUACAAUAGUCAUGUUAAAGAUGAAUGGAAAGAUUUUUUUAAAUGCAGAGUUUAGUACAAUGCACAUUUGUCAACAGAUGAGUGAGAUGGCAAAAUAACUUUGUAUAUGAAUUGUAUAUUAAUGUAGUAUUUCAGAGGUGGUUACUUUGAUCAUUAAACCACUUAUUCCUUUUAUGAAAUGUGCAACAUUUUAAAGGAUCUAAGUGGCAUGUAAUUGGGUUUGACCAUUUUGGCUGUUCAAUACAUUGUAAUUUUCUUUGCCAGUACAAAUCAUGGAAUAUUGACCAAUUCUGAAAUGCUGCAUAAACACAGGUGUAUUGUUCAAUGUAUGUGCUUCUUGCAAAGCCUUGAAAGAAUAAAGUGUCUCUAAUGUGCUGGUUACAUGAGGCCUAACAAAAUAAGGAUGUGAACAAUUUAUUCUUUACACAAUGUAAUUUGUAUCUGUCAUGAUAAAAAUAUGACUUGGUUCCAAUAUGUUUCUGUAAUGGCAAAAUCAUGUAACCAUAAGUGAUUCAGUAAAUUGUCAAACUAGUUUGUUGACACUCUGAAAACAAUUCAGUUCCAGUUUUGAUGGCUGAACAAAAAUGCCAUUUUCUUUAAAUCAUGGUAACAGGAAAUGGGUCUGUACAGUUAUGGCAGAUAAAUGGGAUCAAUAUUUUCACAUGCCUGUCAAAAAUUCUAUUUAAAUCUUUUAUUCUAUUAGCCCAUCUGAUUCUACUCUAAAUUUGAAUUGUGUACUGGUUUCUUGUAUCCAAGUUUUUAACAGAAACUUCACGUAUAAAGGUUGUUGAAGACACUAAUGCUUACUCUAUUUAUCUUCCCAUUCCUUUGGACUUUGAAUGUUAACUCUAUAUUAUGUAUUUUAGUACAUUUACACUGUCAUCUACAAAUAUUCCUGUUUCAGUUUUAACUCUGAAGAUUGUUAAUUCUAUAAGUUACAAUUUCCUCUGUAUUCAUGUCUUAAAUUGCAUAAUUAUGACACUAAACACCACUAGAGGAUGCAAAUAAAGCCAUGAACAUGC